GAGCUCACGUGAUGGAUAUGGCGGAGAGAGCACCUGACAGCAUCUGUUUAUGUCAUUUGUAAUCAGCCCUUUGCAAGCAGUGCAAGCUUCAGUAUAACCACCAGACCCGGUGUCAUAACCACGGCUUAGAGGUUAUUCAACAUGUCAACAGUUCAGUAUCAUCAGACGUGGCUAGUGGACUUUUUCCACUCGUUUCCACACAUAGAUUUGACGUUUCAAUACACAAACUCGACUUUCGACCCUGAAAGACCAACAUAUAGAGAGGCGCUGAUAUUUUUUGCAGCCCUGCCAGUGUUGUGGUGUUUAAUCUCCCUGCUGCUGUUCUCUUGUUACUAUGUAGUUCAGUGUUGCAAAGACAAACCAAAGAAGCGACGCAAGACAGGCUGUCUGAAGGUCUUCAUUGGUCUCAUGGUCACCCUCGGAUGUGUUGCACUAGCAUUUGGUUUCUAUGGUAAUGAGGAGACACAUGAUGGUGUAGAUGACCUUGCUGAUUCACUGGCAGAUACGAACCAGACACUGCAGAAUGCUAAACAUACACUGACUGUGCUGGACAGGCUGGCUGACCAGAUCUCCAAGCGUGGUGUGCAGGCACUAGAGAAUGUCACUGACACUAUAGGAAACCAAACAGUCUCGCAUUCCAUUCACAGCCUGAUUCAGACCAUCAUUGACAAAUCAGCCGAAUUCCGCACAGACAUAAAGGUUUUACAAAAUGACACAGGUGGCUUUGAUCUUCAUGUCAUCAAACAGGAGAUUGACUUCAUAGAAUUUUACAGAUGGCUUGCAACAUUGAUUCUCAAUACAUUAUUUGUGUUCCUGAAUCUGUUGUUCCUUAUUGGCAUUGCUAAGUCAUCCAAGUGUGUUCUUGUGACAGCAGCCGUGGGCAGUCUUUGUUGCCUUAUUUUCAUGUGGGGAGCUUCUGGAUUCUACAUAGGUGUUUCAAUGGCAACAGGAGAUCUGUGUUCUGAUCCUGACUUAUUUGUCCAGAGAACGGUAUCUGGUACUGUCAAGAAAGAUGUGCUUCAAGCAUACUUGACUUGUACAGAUAACAACAAGCCAUUCACAGAGAGCAUUGUCAAAGCCAAUGAAGCUGUUGCCCAGGCCACAUCAGCACUCAACAAGACUGUCGCCCUUGCCAAGCCAUACAACAUCUCAAAUAAGAUUCGCAAGCCAGUUGCCUACCUGCGUCAGGAGCUGAAAUAUGUUGUGAGUAACCUGACUGCACUGAAUGACGUUGUUAACUGUGAGCACAUCCACAACAACUAUGUGAAGUCUGUCAACGGCAUCUGUGACAAAGCAAUGAUUGGUUUGGCAUUCAUGUGCUUGAUGUCUCUGAUCGUGGGCCUCACCGUCACGUUUGCCAUAGCAUUUGCAUCACGCACAUGGCCACACUUUGGCAAAAGGCGUGGCUACUAUCCUGUGGAUGAUACUGAUCCUUUCCUGCCACGCCCCCCACCAUAUGAGAGCUACGGCACGAUGCGGAGUUACGAGAGGGAAGGAGGAAAUAGUGUCCCAAGCCUCAGUCGGCGAAGUGUAGGUAGUGAGCAAGGAUCUCGACCAUUUUGGAUAGAGGAUACCACUGCAAAAAGUGUUAAUGAAGAAUCUGGUGCAACCUUGAACUUGCCAAUGGGUGAAUCACCUCCUCCCGCAGACUUUCAGUACCAUCCUGGGAGGUAUAGCAGUAUGCAGCAGUACAAUAACCUGGCCCCCAACCCCGGGGCCAUGCAGGGAUCCAGUGAAACAUGAGGCAGCCAGGGAAGAACGGAUCACAUGACCACCAGCAGAAAUGAGCACUGACUCAUUUGAUUGAAUGAUUUUAUUGUCAGAUAUAUUUUUAGCUCAGAACUGUAGUCAUUACAUUUUGUAUAUUGAUGUACAUCCUUUUAAACUUUUUAUUCAAUAGAUUGAGUUUACACUGGAACUAUUUUAGUUAAUGUCCUCACAUAUGUGACAAAGUUUCUUUAUUCCUUCGCUCCAUUUGCCCUUAAACAUGUUUAGACAUGUUUCUGGUUUACCCAACAUUGUGUAAUGUAGAUGUAGUUUAUGAUGGAAGAUGAGAGUGAAACCUCAUCGGAAGGUGAGAGUAUCUGGGGCUGCCCAGAUUUAUGAGAUUGUUACCUACUGCUGACCUGAAGACACCAAAUACUGAAUUCUGCUCAUAACUUGCUCAUUCAUGUAGAAGUGCCGGGGACCAGUGAUUGUAUCGCCCAUAUCUAACUGGGGCUGAAGGGAUUCACCAAUAUUUCCAGUUCACUUCACUACUUCAGCAUCUCUAAUUCUCAAUACUCACCUGAAGUUCUCAUGUAAUGGUGCUGAAAUAACAUGAUCAUAUGAUUUCAAAAAAUGAUUUGUUAAAGAGAGCUACAUAGCUUUUACUGGGAAUAGUGUAAUAGAAUAUAGUAUUUUUACAGAUGUCAGAUUGUGACCUUGGUGAGUCGUUUCAACCAAAAGUAUAUCACUGUAUCCAUGGGUGGUUGGAUUUGGUCCAUGUAUCUACCUGCCGGGUACCAGUCAUGAAUACUUCAUUUAUAAAUAACUGAAAGUUACUAUUGACAAUAGGUGCUUACAAAGUUGACAAAUCAUUACGAGUGAAACAAGUGAACACCGGUUAUGUACCUUUAAGACAAGGUACUAUCUGACUCCAUGAAUUAUGUGGAGAGAAAGUUCACAGACAUGAAAUACAGCACCCUAUAUUUAAUAGCUCAAUCUAAGAAUGUGUCUUUGAGAAGAACUGUAUCUACCUGCACCUGCUGUACCUAUAGUACAUGGCGCCACCAGGUGUGUGAUAAAGAAGAGUUGUAUCUACCUACAUCCGAUGUGCUUACAGUACUUGGCGCCGACCAGGUGUGUGAUAAAGAAGAGCUGUAUCUACCUACAUCUGAUGUACCUGCAGUUCUUGGUGCCAAGCAGGUGUGUGUUGAAGAGGAACCGUAUCUAUUUACCUCUGAUGUACCUGCAGUUCUUGGCGCCAGGCAGGUGUGUGUUAAAGAGGAACCGUAUCUACCUACAUCUGAUGUACUUACAGUACUUAACAGACUCAUCAGCCGUAAUUGUCUUCAUUUCUUCAUCAAGUUCACAUAACUGACAAUGACCCAAACAUGACAUCCCAUUAAUAAGUCAAUCUUUGUUUCCUCAAACAACUAUCCCCUAAAUAUCUACCGUCACCACCAGUAUGAAUGUGUUAAUUGAUAAAGUGAUGACAGUAGUGAUUUUAAGAUUAUUGUCUUUGAAGAUUUUAAGACUUUGAAUGUGAGGAAAAUGUGAUGAAGAUAAACAGAACUCAAAACAUGACUGAUGGAAAUGUCAGUGACUAAAUCAUGUACCAGUAUUGAAUAUGAUGAUGCUCAUCGCACAAAUUUUGAAAUGAAAAAAUGGAGUUCCCGGUUCAUAGAAGGAAGUAGCAGGUUCAUUAAAUGGAAUACCUGGUUCAUAGGAGAAACUACCAGGUUAAUGUCAGAUGCAUGCCAUGUCCAGUUUAAGGUGACCUUUCUCCUGUUUGUACAUUUGAUUCUUCAACAAAGAAGAUAUUUGAUGAGGGUUAGACCUAGACACUAGUCUUCAGACAAGUGAAAAUCAGGAAGGACCACUUCUUGAUGCCCAAGAUCUAUUUACAAGAUAUCUGCCUUGAGCCGUGAUGACAUGGUUAGCUCCACACUGACUCCUAUUGACUAAUGGUUGUUAGUAUCUGCUGAGAUAUUUCAAGUUAGAAGUAGGAGAUAAAUAUGUAAAUAUCCUCCAUCAGCAUUGCUGGAAAGUGGAAUCUUCCAUCUUAUUUCAUCAUGAAGAGGUUCGAGACAAUCCUUGCAUAUCCACAACCCUGCUUCAGCAUUGAUGGAAUCACCUCAAAGUGUACUCUUCCAUUUUUACCAUGUCUGUAUGUCCAUAGACUUUUCCUUUUAUUCUUCAUCCUCAGAACAUGCUGCUUGUGCUACUGCUCUCUUGUACUUACACUGAUGAUAUCCAAAGAUGACUGUUGUCCAGUUGAUUGUUGAAAUGGUGUCUUGUGUUGUGUAUAUAAAACUUGCUCACUCUGUAUAUAGGGUGUUGAGAUCUGGGACAUAGUGUCACACAGGAUUGGCUGUUUCCUUUGGACGAUGGUUCAUCAGCGUGACAUAUUGAAAACAUAAAAGAUUUGGAGUAGUUUGCACCUGUUCUAAUAGGAGCCACUAACCUAUAUGCAAAUGAGUUUGAUAAGCGUCCUCUAUAACGACAGAACAUUUACAUAACAGUGCAUAGUUUACAUGUGUUCAUUACAGAGUUUGUACAGAAAACAGGUACUUAGAAGGGAUGUCUUGUAUCUCUAUCCAAAUUUGUUUAGUUCCAUUGAUAUUUGAAUGACACUUGUUGAUUACCAGUGCCACUCAAUUGUACAUGGUGGUGAGUUGGACAAGAGCAUGGGAUGUGUGCCCAAGGCUGUGAUUGUCAAGUGAAGAGAAGACUGAAGUCAUCACAUCAUCGAAUGAUGAUUGUUGUGAAUUUGUCUAUUUCUGCCAUUGUUAAUAUGCACAAGUACAUGAAGUUACAUUUGUUGUUCGGAUCAGUCAAAGCUGUUGUCUCAUCUUUCAUACUUAUUUUUUCGGUAUUCUGUCCUUUCUCCUUGGUUUGCUUUGACAUUUCACAUGACACUUAGCUCUCCUCCUGCAUGAAACAGACAUGUCAUAGUAUUACUGAAGUACUGAUGCAAUUGGUCUUAAACCAAAGUCAAACCUGUAUUUCAUCCACAGUUGGUUGUAGGAAAGCAGCUUCAGUUACAAGUAUACCCCACUUUUCUUGAGUUAGGUUCACCAGAGAGGUGAGUGUCUUUGACCAGUGCCACUCUACGCUCAUCUGCCACACUGAUGUGCAAGUAUAAAACUGAGAUACUGAUCAAACUGAAACCAAACUCUACUAGGAUCUGAACCAAGAUAUUUCUGUUAUAAUGAUUUUAAUGUGCAACAUCAUGCUCAAGUGAUGGCACUUACAAUAGAAUUGCAGUCUGAUAGCUUACCAAUAUUCCUUCCAACCAUACAGAGAUACACUCACGAAAUAUGCCAGACUGACACACUUUGCAUGGAAAGUUUUCUCUACCUGGAAAGUUUUCUCUACCCUUUUAUUUACAUACAUUGGCUCAAUGACAACUCUGCAUUCUAAUUGUAGGUGAAAUAUUCAGUUUCUGUAGAAUUAAAUGGCAAUGGGACAUCAAUCCCUUUAACAUCAGCUUCUCAAAGAUUGUUGCGUUGACUUCUAAUUUCUUAUGGAGCAAAGGCAGUACUCACCAGAUUCACGCUUUUGUUCACUUGCGCCUUUAUGAAUUGAUUCUCCCUGUAAAUAUAUAUGUACCUAUUCUGUUAUGUUGAUCUGCAGAAGCUUCAGUGUUGGUGUGUGGCAGUAAUGAUCAGGACAUUGUUGCUGUUGUAACAGAGCUGUCCCAGUAGGCUGGUUGGAUGUGUUUUGUAAACAUAUGAGGGUAUGGUGUUACACAAAAGUAUUUUAUGUCCAGAGAUAUCCUUGUUCAUUUUAGCUGAGAGUUCUAGACGUCUGCAACUCCUCUGGUUAUAAUAUGUUUGUUCUGUGGUUAUAAUAUGUUUGUUCUGAAUGUAUAGAUAUGCCUCAAUUUCAUGUUGAUUGUUUUAUGUCAGCAAAUUUCAAAUCACCAAAUUAUAUAAAAUUGUACUUAACAUACUCAUAUACAUGUUGUUUUCAUUACGUUUGAUGAUGUCAGAAAUGUCUUUUUUCAACUGAUUGUAUAUUCUUGACUCCCAGUUAAACGCACAAGGUCAGAAAUGUAGGUGCAUCCCCAGAAAGCAAUCCUGAAAGAAAACAAAAGCAUGAAUAAUUUAAUGAAACAUAAUUAUUGUUGAUAUUUCAUUUGUAUGUUGCAAAGUGAUUUGAAGUUUCUGAUAUUUUGAGUACAUCAGUGACAUAAUCUCAAGUGUGUAUUUUUUAUAGAUUAUAGUUUGAUUUUGUUAUUUUUAGAUUCUGUUUAUCAAUGCUAUGUAUCCUCCUGUAUAAUACUCUUGUUGUCCUAGUGCUGUCUGCUAUACGGUUGCUGUAAUGUAUAUAGAGACUUCCUUACCGGGCUUUCAUUGUUGAGCUAUACAUGAUAUUUACAUGGUGGCCAGUUGUAACACUGUAAGCCAGCUACAUGUACUGAUGGGACAGACACUCAAAGCCACAAUCUGGUUUAAUAGAGGAAAUAUGACUUAACAAAGCUGAUUCUUAACAGUAUUUCAAAAAUAAAAGAAAGGUACAGUCGGUUGGCCUUGACAUUGAAGCAAUUUUUUUUUAACCUUAAAAUGAAGAUAUUUCAGAAUAGGAAUAAUCCUCAUUUGACAAAGCAAAGGCUGCUCAUUUUAUUGUAAACAUGUAGCAACAUAUUUGCUUGCUCUCAAUGAAAAACACAUCAGACUCUUUCUAUUGUGACAGUGUUCAUUUAGAUGGAUGUUCAUUGUCCUUGGGGAUUGGCUCAAUAAGAUAGUAUUCUUGUCAUUAAUCAACUCUAGUCAUGAAACAGACUGACUGUUUUGUUUCCAAAAUAACUGAUUGGCUUCAUUUCUGGGUCCUGUUGUAUUUGAGUAUGUCACAAGGCCAACCAGGAUGUAACCAGGAUUAGGCCACAUUACCUGUAAUCAUCUUGUUUCUCAUCACUUUAGAAAAUUACUUGGAAGGAAAGCUGACAUAAUUCAGGCAAAUUGUCAUUUAGUCAUAUCAGUGUGUAAUAGCGAUCUGGACAUUUCACAUUUCAGUUACAACGAUCACCCAUUCUUGCGGUCGUGUACUAAAUAUCAUAAACAGUUACCAAUUUGUGUUGCAAGGUUAUCCCAGCUGUACAUGGAGACAGGCCAGCUUCUAAUUGCAUUUGUUAUUUUUACCAUAAUGGCAGUUCCUGCAAAUUGUGCUACAGCUUCAGCUCAGUUCUAAUCAUAAUCAAUAUGCAAUGACCAGCAGUCUCGUCAGUGUGUGCUACAAGCUUGCUCAUCAUCAUCCACAGUACUCGUGCUAAUGCAGUUUACCAGCCAUUUGUUUCAGUGUUUGCAUGAGACGCCCUACAAAUAUACUGGAUGAUAGGUAUUGAUUUUGGCCCUGACUAUACUAACACUGAUUCUAUAGCAUAGAUAGAAGGAUAUUUAACACCAUUAACUCUGAAUACCAUUAACACCAGGGUAUUCAACACUAGGCAUCAAUAUUAACACAAUCAAGCCUGAUCUGUUUCCAAGAUUUAUGUAUGCCAAGGCAGUAAUCAUGUAAAGCUACCUGUCUUGCAAAUGUUAAGCCUAUAUAUGUUGAUAUCAGUGUUGAUGAAUGUAUUUGCCAGGGUCCUAUGACAGGUACAAACCACACCAAGUUAUAUUGGCGAGCACACACUUUCAAUGUGACGGUCGCCUCAUCAUACCAUCCAUUGAUCUUUACUUUCUUAUGUGUUGUCUAGUCAGUCACCAGGAUGCAAUAGAUUAGUUUAUUUUUGCAGCAGUACUUCAAAUGUGUUAAGCCAGUCAAUCACUAUUUUCUUAAGUAUUUUGUCCAUUCUAAACAGAUUUUAUUGAAAGACCAAAUAAUUUUGUUUUUGUGAAUAACUGGAUUUCUCCAGGAAGAGCUACCUAACAGAUGACGUAGUAAGCAAUACAAAUUUAAAAUCAGGACAACGAUUUUUACUUAUAUUCGGUAAACUACAUCGAAAUAUACACUUAUGUCAUGACAUUUAUUUUGACUUUAUAAAUAAGCUCUUUUCCUAAGGUCUGUGAAGUAUGGACAGACAAAAUGUUUUCAAGAUGUGUAUUUUGCUAUGCAUAUUUUGCUAGUGCCAACAUGUGUUCCUAGCUAAAGGUGUAGAUAGAAUGUUUAUUGUUUUGGUACUAUUUUUGUAUGUCAUCUAGUUUGCUUUGUUGUGUACAUUCCAUUGUUUAAAUUUUUUAUACUUUUCUAUCAGUAAUAGUAUCAGUCAAGCCAAUGCCUGGAUGCAUGUGAUAGAUGAAAUCUAUGUAUUGGAUGCUAUGUUUAUAGACUUUUAAUAGCAUGUUGUCUCUGUGUAGGUGUUGUGUUUUUACACAGAAGUGUAUCUUAGCAACUUGUAUAACACUGGUUAUCAAGUUUACAAUGUGAUAACUAAAGAUUUGUCAAUCCAAACCAGUUCAAUGUUUUGUGUUACAGAUGUUUGUGGUAAAAUGUAAUGAGAUCAGGCAAAAUAAUGUUUAUUUUGUGUCAUGGUUAAUUUCUUUUGAAUUUGUCAGUGAAAAAAAGGUUUUAACAUAAAUAAUAUCCAAAAAUAUUUCAAUCAAAUACACUUUUUUAUAAUUUUUUUAAAGAUUCGAUAGGCUCAUCUAUAACAAACAACAAUUUGGUCUGACCAUUUUAAUAUUUUGUCUUUUACCAUUUUACAACACAGAAAACUGGAAACUAUAGAGUUGGUUCUCAUGAAAAUACUAUAAGUAUUUGGUUCGAAGAUUUAAUCAAUGAUCAGAAAGUGAUGAUUAGAGUCAUCAGGUAUAGAGUUUUUUAAAGACGACAUUUGUAAGAUUAUUUAGCUGCAUUGUCUUAUCCUGAGGUUUAAUGUUCACUUUGAACUUUGACUGAUCAAUAUUAUUCAUCACAUUAUAUGUCUGCAAUAUGUCACAUAACAUGAUAACACUUAUACAGACUGAUUUGAUAAUCUGUGAUCAUAGGCUGAAGUAGUGAUGAUUGUUAGACAUGUGAUAUAGCAGUUAUCACCAGGAUGUUGCGGUACCAUGUGAUACUGGUUUUAUCACCCUGCUGAUCUCUGACUUUGUGUACACUGCUUCCCCAUAGCUCUGCCUUUGUUUUUCUGAUCUGUGUGUUAGAGUACAUCUGUACCUAAUAUUUGUUGAAGCUACAAUAAAUUAAAUUUUAGAUUUUGAUCUAAAUGUAUAAAAAUAGUAGUAGUAGGAGGAGGUUCUAUUUGUUUACUAACUUUUUUAACAAACUGAUCCAGGAAUCUGUCUGCUAUUAUUGUCAACAGAUACAAUUGAAGUAUUGUUAUUAUCAUGUAGUGUAUUUCAUAAAGUAAAGACAUUAGCGAUUGGACAGUGAGUUUUUUGCAUCUGUGGCUGAUUGUAAAGGAUAAAAUGACAUGUGGCAGGCACAAAUGUAAAUCAAAUGAUUUAUUAUGGCCUAAUGUUCGAUGUUGUUUGUCAGAAACACUGAACCCUUUGCAAUCUUGUCUUAUUAGGAAUAAUUUCAUAUUUCUAACACUGAUGGGUCAUGCUUUAGCCAACUGUUUUGUCAGGUAAGACUUGACCAUUUUAGUAUGUUGUGUUGUUUUAAAUAUUAACAGGAUAUUUCCACUUUUCAGAAAUAUCCUUGUUUAAGAUACUUAUGAUCUAUGUGUUUUUACCUCACAGGGUGAAAUGAAAUCUAUUUUAAACUCCUUUUCUAAUUGGCAGUUGCACAUUGUGAUGUAUUCAUGCUUACGUCUUAAGUGUUUUUUGUGCAGUUCACAUCUUUUAAACUUUGCCACAUCCACAGUAAGGAAAUAACAUGUUGCAUUCAAAUAUGAAAUAUCAUUUCUAUGGAAUAAUGGUUGUUAUUUAGCCAGGCCUCAGCGUCAUGUAGAUAGUGCUGCAGGUGUCUGUACACAGAGCAUGAUCUUCCUGGACAAGGAUCUGUACACAGAGCAUGGUCCUCCUGGAUGAGGAUCUGUACACAGAGCAUAGUCCUCCUGGACAAGGAUCUGUACACAGAGCAUGGUCCUCCUGGACAAGGAUCUGUACACAGAGCAUGGUCCUCCUGGACAAGGAUCUGUACACAGAGCAUGGUCCUCCUGGACAAGGAUCUGUACACAGAGCAUGGUCCUCCUGGACAAGGAUCUGUACACAGAGCAUGGUCCUCCUGGACAAGGAUCUGUACACAGAGCAUGGUCCUCCUGGACGAGGAUCUGUACACAGAGCAUGGUCCUCCUGGACAAGGAUCUCCAGCUGUAGUGUGCUGAUCAGGCAGUCACAAUGGCAGCCUGGCAUUGUCAGUAGGUGGAAGGUGCUCUAUGGUUAACUGAUAGUGUCUGGCAAUUUACUAUACAGCCAUGGACCGCUGCUCACUCCUUGGAACCAAACUCAGUUACACAGGCACUGAGUCGGCUCCUUGGAACGGCCAGAGGCUAUGAUGGUUUGUUUGAAUCCCACAUUUGCCUUGAUUAUGUUUCUAGGUUUGUCAGAACCAUCCAUGUUUUAUGGGUUCGAAGAACACAGUGGCUGUAUGGCCUACAUCACUUUGGUUUGUCUGCAACAGGCUGACAUACCUUCAAACUGAUAUACUGUUCAAACUGUAUAAAGCACAACUCACUGUGAGAUUGCUGACUGGUCUAUACAAGCUUCCUCAUUCACAUACAAGUAGUCCACGAGGCUAUAUGUGCCAAAAUACAAGUUAUAGAUCAUUCCUCAUAAUAUGCCUGGCACACCGCUGUAUUUGUGAUAAGGAUGUUGGUGAUAAUAGAGCUCCAUGUGCUGGUAAGUCAACAUAUGUAAAAGUGAUGUCAUACUGAUUGGUUCUUCAAUACAGUCUCCACCUUCUAAUCAGUUUAUUGUGAUGUAAAAUAGUAAUGUGUUUAUUUAUGUGAUGAUUUUAUAAUAUGAUUCAAAGGAAUGUGUCGAAUGAAGAGGCACUUGUCUCAGUGUUGUGACUAUACAACCAGUUUGACUAACACUCAAUAGGAAUUGUGAUAGAGAAACUUUCAUGAUAUUACUUUUGGGAAAUAUACUGCCCACUCUUUCAGUAACAGAACAGAAAUAAAACAGGGAAAGCUUUUUUUGACAGUUUUUGAAGUGGUUCCGAUUCAUAGUUAAAGUUUCAGAACUAAACCAAAAAGCUGAAAACAUGUAUACUAAUUUUGAUUUGAUACAUAUGAAAAUAGACAGUUUUAGUGUUAGGGAGAAUCAAAUUGCUUUCAACAGUAUUUGAACUGUAUUUGAUUUUAUGUCAUUACACAUUAAUAAAAUUGCCAAACCAACAGUUGUCUCCCUUUCUGUAUAAUAAUUGACUCAGGAUUUCAUCACUGAGUCUGCUGUGCCCUAUUAGUUCUGGUUUCUGCAAGCUGGUGAAUACCUUGUUAUUCACACAUAUGCUUUUGCUGUUUUCCACUUUAGAAGAUCACAUUGUUGUACACGUAAGUUUAUUCUGACCUUGUUCUACAUUUACUGUUAUGUAUAGCUAUUUCCCACCAUUGAAGUUUGAUGUUUUAAUAAUUUUCUUGUUCUUUGCAGCAUGAUCUUCUUUUUUUUUAAUGAGAAUGCUCUUUGUACACAUUGAAAGUCAAUGCCUAACAUCAUUAAUAAAGUUUUGUAUAACUA